UCAAUUUCUCAAUGUUUCAUUGGCUUUGUCGUGAAUGGGAAUUACGCCUACUUUUCGUUUUCUCAUUUAAUUUAUUUUGUUAUACUUUCACGACAUAAAUAAUGGGAAGAGAUCAUUAAGUUAUAAUUAUUUACAAUAGUAUCAUUGAAUAAUUUCUUUGUGGGCUUUCAAUAGUACAAAACAUAAAGUUUUAAACCCUUGACCUAGUAAAACUUAGUCAACAUGAAGAAAAAGGUGUUGUUGAUGGGGAAGAGUGGUUCAGGGAAGACGAGCAUGAGGUCCAUUAUAUUCGCCAACUACAUAGCUAGGGACACGCGACGACUGGGGGCUACAAUUGACGUAGAACACUCUCACGUCCGUUUCCUUGGCAACUUAGUGCUAAACCUAUGGGACUGUGGCGGUCAAGAAGCGUUUAUGGAGAACUACUUUGCAUCACAACGAGACAACAUCUUCAGGAAUGUAGAAGUUCUGAUAUACGUGUUUGACGUCGAGAGCAGAGAGAUGGAGAAAGAUAUGCAUUACUAUCAGUCCUGUUUGGAAGCUAUAUUACAGAAUUCCCCGGAAGCCCGGAUAUUCUGCCUGGUGCACAAAAUGGACCUGGUCUCUGAGGAGCAACGCGAGGACAUCUUCAAGGAGCGAGAGGAGGACCUGAAGCGGCUGUCCAAGCCCCUCGAGUGCACCUGCUUCAGAACUAGCAUAUGGGAUGAGACAUUAUACAAGGCGUGGUCAAGCAUAGUAUACAAGUUAAUACCUAACGUUAAGGCAUUGGAGUCAUCACUCAAACAGUUUGCUGAAAUCGUGGACGCGGAUGAGGUGUUGUUAUUCGAGCGCGCGACGUUCCUGGUGGUGUCGCACUGCCAGCAGCGGCCGCACCGCGACGCGCACCGCUUCGAGAAGGUCUCCAACAUCGUCAAGCAGUUCAAGCUGUCCUGCAGCAAGCUGGCCGCGCAGUUCCAGAGCAUGGAGGUCCGCAACAGCGUGUUCGCAGCAUUUAUAGAUGGAUUUACAAGCAACACAUACGUCAUGGUAGAGAUGUCCGACCCCAAGAUCCCUUCGGAAGCCACAUUGAUAAACAUCAGGAACGCGCGCAAACACUUUGAGAAGCUAGAGAAGGUGUCCUCGAGCGCGCCCAGCCAGUACCAAUGAACGCCAUCGUUCACAUCUGAGUAGUUAAUUAAAAUGUUACGACCGGGGGUCUACCACCACACCUUAAGACCAGACUAUUGUCACUGUGCAAGCAAGACGGCACUCUACGCUGUAUCGUGUUGUCUCGCUUCCACAUCUUCAACAGUCUUACUUAAAGCGGUGUUAAAAUCCCUGCGUUCUUUCCAUGACGUCAUAAACAGCGGUCUUUAAUUGACAUUCGAAUAUACAUUGCUGGCUGAAGACUAUAAAAUAAGAAUGUGCAAUGAUUUAUAAUUCGAAUGUCAACUGAAACUUGUGUGUUAUGAGCUCGUUGUAAAAGUAGGCGUCUUGAAGCAUGGCCUUUUAGCAUUCGAACUCGAAAAUCGACGUAUUUUUUUCUGUAGAUGACGCCAGAUGUUGAAAGUAACGAGUUUGUAUGUGUUCUCAUGCUUCAAGACGCCUGGUCAUAGCCGCAGAAGUGCGAAGCACUGUUAUCUUGCCAAAGCAAGUCAGUGAUAGUCCAUUUGUUAUACCGAGAGGUCGUCCGAACAAUGUUUAUACCCAAGCCCCGUAUAAAGUACUAAAACCAGUAUAGUUCCUGUUACCUUUACCUUUGAUAUUAAAAAAAAGCUUUGUAACUGAAACUAGCAAAUAUCUCUAACUCUCGGAAACACAGAAUAUAGGUCUGCUCUAUAUCUUAUGUUUCGGGGAGUUAGAGAUAUCAGAGGUCCACUUUACGGCGCACAUAAAUUGUGGGCAGUGUGUGAAGCCAAGACACCAUAAACCUUUUCAUUUAGUAACGGUCGAACUCUUUGAAAAAAGAAAAACCAAUUAUUUCAUAAAUCUUUGAGGUAUAAUGGUUUUAAACAUUCAGAUUACGGUGGCUGGUGUACUGUCUACUGUGAUGGCACAAUGUUGACGUUGAACUUAUUACGUUAUUAUAGAAGUAAUUUAUCCUUUAAACAGUUAUUUUAUUGUUGUUAAGCUAUUCUGAGGUCCGCAAGCGAGUGGGACGUAUUUUCUGCUUGACUUGGCUUUGAAGAAUGUGUUCCAACAUAAGAAUCUAGGUACAAAUACAUAAAAAUCAUAUCGCUACGAUUAAUACAUUCGUUUAAGUAUAGUAUGUGUGUAAAAAGUAUUUAUUUACGUAUAUAUUAUUAUCAGUUUAAAUGCCAAAGUUUUUUUAGUACUCAUAAAUUUGUCAUCACAUCUCAAGACUCUUAGACCUUCAAACCCAAUUGUAUAGACCCCUCUACUAUUUUCGUUCCUUUGUACUCUACGCCACUCAAGGUUUUGUUGCUUGCCACAUACUCCUUUUUCGCCAAACAGCUUAGUUUCAUCUGGAAACAUAAGGAGUGCAGGUUCAUAAUCCUUAUUAUGUCCCAGGCUAAACUUUUUCAUUUUAUUCUUUUUUAUCCAACUGAAAAGAGUGAGAUCUCUUCCAGUGAUUAAUAAUUAUAUAUUUUGAAGGAGUCUAAAUCCUGGAGUAGUUUUUGAACAUAAACAGACGUUUAACGUUUUUAAAUUUUGCGGUUAGAAGCCUAUUCCAAUAAUGUCGUAUUCUCCAGGGCUUCCAACUAAAUAAUAUAAUUAUACAUAUUUUAUGACACCUCGAGCCUUUUUCUAUAUUUAAAUCUAAUGUAAAUAAUGAAGUGUAGCCGCUUCGUUAAGCUUAGGUUAUUAAUACUGUGAUUUAAAGGAAAACCGUUUCAGUGUAUGGCGCGAAAUGUUCAAGCGAUGCUUUAGAAGAAUAAAUAUUUUAAAGAAAAUAGGAUUUAACAGAGUGGGAUCUAAAAUCGCAUCGUUAAAUAGUGUGACUGGCCAAGUAGGUAAAUAAAGAAGAUUUUUGUAAUGUUUUUCAAGAUAAGUUACUAAAUUACGACUGUUUUAUAAGAAAACAGCGAGUGUUUUAUAAGAAAGCAGUUUUUAUUGAAAAAAUAACGCAUGCUACAAAACCGAAAGCCGAAACAAAAAAAAAGUAGUCUAUUCAACCCGCCAGUCCUAUUUACCCCAUUUUACUCAGUAGGUAAAUGAAUAAACAAACAUCGUGCUUCCGUUUCUUCAUCUCUUUAACCCUUUGCAAAUUAUAUAGGCUAGUGAGUAACAUACAAUAUUAUUUAUACUUAACGGAAGUAGAAAUGUAAGCCAAACUUUCUUUAAAAUAUUUCUUUUCGUCAAGCAUUCACCCAUGAACUGAAACUGUGUUCCAAACAUAAAUAAUGUAUCUGUUAUUAUUGUCGUUUGUCUAUGGAACGGUUGAGUUUUGUUCUUAUUUCGUAUUUAUUAUUACCUAAAGUAGAUGUCAACAUAGAUAACUUGAACUUUAUGUAUCCGAUACUAUAUGUUGCACAACGUACAGACGGUGACAACUGUCGCUGGGUUAAUUUUAUAAAACGCAAGCCUAUUAAAGAUUUUUAUAUUCACUGAA